AUGUGUGUCUCUCCAGAAAAGAAGGCAGCGCAGCAGAAAUUGGAAGAAGCCAGCGAAGAGCUUCGUGUCUGCCAGCAGGACUUCAAGCACAAAGCGGCUGAGCUCCAAAAGUUGGAAGAUGAGAAGUCUGAGCUGGAAGUCACUUUGCGGCAGCUUUGUGUGCAGGAGGCUUCGGCACGCGAGAAGCUCCAGCAGAGGAAGGCCGAGCUGAUCCGGCGCGCGGUGGCCGUCUCCGAGGCAGCCCGGGAGAAAGCCUCGGUCACGGAGAGUCGCAGCGCGGAAGAGCUGGGAAAAAGAUGUGCGGCCCCUGCGUGGUCGGGCGUGGUGGUGCCCGUGUGCCAGUGCCUGGCCAACUUGGUUCAGGGCCUCUGCCCCGAGCACUACGAGUACUACCACGUUCCCGCGCCCUGGCUGCAGAGCAAGCUUCUUCGCAUCCUGCAGUUCUUCCCGGUGUCCAUAUUUGAUGCAGAGCUGCUGCAUCGGCUGAACCUGAUCCUUCAGAGCAUCUUGGCGAAGCCUUCCUCGCAGCGGAGCCCGGCUCCUCUGCAACCAGGUGCCGGCAAGAGGCGCACAAAGGUGGAUGCGGAGCGGCAGAACCGAUCCAAUGCGGAGCACGCCGUCCUCUUCGAGGCCAUGAACCUCAUGAUCCACCUCGAGGACACGGCCGACCCCGAGACCACCAAGACCGCUGCGGGACUGCUUGGGAUCUUCCUCUCCUCUACGGAUCCUAACAUCAGGUACCUGGGCUUGGAGACCAUGGCCAGGCUGGCGAGCAACCUGUCCACGCACGAGUACUUGGACAGGUACAAGAACCAGAUCCUGGAUAAGAUGCACGAAACCGACAUUUCCAUCCGCCGACAGGCGUUGAACUUGCUCUACGCGCUUUGCAGGCCGGAGAACUGGCAGCAGAUCGUGGAUCAGCUCCUCGAGAUUUUGGGGUCGAGUGACAACCUCCUCCAAGAGGAGUUGGUCCUGAAGAUCGCCAUCUUGGCGGAGAAGAACGCCAAGAACAUCGGCUGGUACGUGGAUGUCGUCUUCAAAAUGCUGGAGAGUGCUCCCGAUGCGGUCUCUGACGACGUCUGGUAUCGUGUGGUGCAGGUGGUGACGGGCUUCGAGGACGGGCCCUCGGAGGAGCAGAACGCGUUGCGAAGGCACGCUGCGAGCAAGGCUUACCAGAACCUCUCCAGUCAGCGAGCGGCCCAUGACACGCUCCUGCGCUUGGGGGCGUACCUCAUUGGAGAAUUCGGGCACCUGCUGCCGCAGAGCGUGACGCCUCGUGCGAAGUUUGAAGCCCUCCACCGGCACUUUCAGCGAGGAUCGCCCGCAACCAAGGCCAUCCUCCUGCUGGCCGCGGUGAAGGUCUUGAACGCCAACCAC